AUGUGGCUGCGUUGCUCCUGUCGUCUCUUCUUUCACAUUCCUCCCCCAUCGCCGGCAGCUCCGGCACGGCGUGCCGCACCCAGGACUCCGCGGAGCUAUGGCCGUUCACUAGGUGGCGAGCCCGCUGGCGCUGAUUUUGCUACAUCGAGCCCCCGCACGCCCGACUCGUUUGACAGCAGGUCGAAAGGUGACGGUGAGCGAUGCUACCACCACCAUCGCCGCCCACUAUGUCGACCCCUCAAGCCGGGCGACCCGCUGCCACCGCCCCUGACGAGCGACGGCGGAUAUGCGUCCUCGGGUGGCUACACUUCUCAGCGUCAGGAAUACCGACAGCGCCGCAACGCGGCCGACAACCCAGGAGACUCUUCGGUGGAUGAGACAGUCGCCGGCUCACUUUUCACACCGCUGCCUCGCUCCUAUGGUUUCUAUGACGGCGUUGACGAGCACGCGCGGGAGGCGCCACGCCCGUCGCGCGAGGCCCGACAGCAGCUGCUGCGCGAGUCGCUCGAGGCCCACGCCGCCUCCACUGUCGAGUUCACCGACGGCGGCGAGGACGACAUUGAGCUAAAUGGCUUGCCAGCAGAUCAGUAUCAUGGCCACGAAGGGUGGACAACAAUCCCGAAGGACUCGGCGCUCUACAACACCAUGUACGGCGUGGGCGAUUUGGAGUCGCGCCAGCGCGCGAACUCGUGGACCGUGGCGAUGCGUCACGGCAGGGUGGGUGACAGCAUCAGUGUGGACGGUUUGUUGGGCGAGUUGGCCGCGGCAUCUGCGCAGCGCCCCGGCACGCACCAGGAGGACGGGCAAACGGAUCAAGAGGUGCUCGACGACCGCCGACGCCGCCGGCAGCACGAUGACGGGCUCUUGUCGACAUCUUUGGAGGGGGAGCUGCUGGCUCCCAUGGAGGAGAGCGUGGGGCAGCCGCGGAGCACAUACGCGAUGCGGAAGCUGUUCGUGGACGGUCUCGUGGGAUACCAAGGCGUGAUUACGAGAGCGGAGGAAGCGAGGAUGAGCGAGGAGCUGUUGCACCUCCUGCAGGAUCCUCGUGCCGCUUACGUCGCCGAGGAGGCGCGCUACUGCAUCAACCUCUAUGAGAAGGAGCUUGGCAUUCCUGGGAAAGACACCCUCGCUUUCGCGCUUUCGAGCUGUCAGACACUGCAGCGGGUGCUGUACCGCUUCUUCUUUCUGGGUCUGAUCCCUUCCGUGCCCAACGUGUGCCAGGUUAGCGAGAUGGUGGGCACCUUCAGCGGCUACCCUGUGCACCGCCACCCAUCGUCGAUCGGUUCCUACGUGGGGAUGCUGAACCUGGUCUCCACGAGCGUGCUGCACCUUCAACAUAAGGAUGCGCCGUGGUACCCUCGCCUCCAUCUCACCCCGCGUAGCCUCUUCGUGGUAACCGAGCCGUGCCUCAGCGAGUACGCGAUGGGGUACAAACAAACGCAUCAGCCCUUUCACGCCUUCGAGUACGCGACACGCGUCUCCAAGGACUACCGCAUCGAAGUGCUCUUUGCCACUGUCGAGACAGCGCAGAUGAGGACCCUAUCCGAGGCGCUGCAGCUGACCGAGUACGCAGAACGACGGGCGCGAGAGGGAACAGCAAAGCUGUUGACUGGGACGUCGCAACUUCUCGCAGAGGCACGCACGCACACCACCGUGACACCAGCAGAUUCAGUAACCGGUGUUCCUCUCCGCGGGCGUACCGACGAGUGGCUCCAACGCGUGCGAGACAGUAUGCACACGUCGGAGGAAGCGAGGGGUUACGGGCACGCGAAGCCUCUGGAUGGGCACGCGCUGCGACGCCAGCUGCUUGCGGAACGUUUGGUUGGUAAUCGGCCUCGCUUGGACAGCGGGUGCGGCAGUGUUGGCUGGAGGAGUGGGGCUGGCCUUGACGAGGGCGCUAACGCGAAGGCGGCAGAGGCGCAGGCAGAGACGAGACAUCAUGAAAACGAUGCAUCGCACUCUGACCGGACAACAACCUCUGCAGCACACCGACGACUGGCGGCGCUCAAGGCACGCUACAACUUUGCACAGGAGCUCAAGGCGUCACGGCAGCGGGUAGAGGUAACAAGCGAUGGGCCGCGGCUUCUUCGAGGCCAUGCGCCACGGGACCGGCGACUGGGUAUUAAGUAA